AUGAAAAAAUCUCUUUAUGAUGUUGAUGGAAAAAGAACACCUAUUGGUCGAAGAAAAUGGCAAAUGUUAUAUGCUACAAUUAGAGGAAUGAUUCCAAAAGAUUAUACAAAAAAGAAGAAUGUUUUUCGUUUGAAAACUGCUAACUUUGGUGAAUUUCUUUUUCAAACAAGCGAUUCAACUGAAGUUGAAAAGUGGAUUGAUGCAAUAAAUUAUGUCGCUGCUGCUUUUUCUGCCCCUGUUUUGCCAACCCCAGUUGGUGCUAACAAAGCCUUUAUCUUUUGUAAACCAAAAUAUUCUUCAACACCUACUCAUUUAUCUUUGGUUGACCAAUUACAUGCUCAUGAACAAAGAUUAGAAGAAACAAAAGAAAGUUUAACAAAUCUUCAACAAUGUGCUCCUCCUAUCAAAUCGAAAGGAAAACUAGUUUAUGACUAUUUUUAUAAAGAACGUUUUUUGGACAGCGAGAAAGAGAGAUAUACUUGUUAUAUAAAUGUUUUAAGAGAAAAAUUAAAUGCUGGCACAAAAGUAAUUAAUAAUUGUGACACAAAUUCACAAACAUUUAAUGCCAAAAAAGAGAAUUCGACAGCAACUUUUGUUUUUUAA